UCUGUGAAACUGUUUAUGGAAGACCUAUCACACACAUUCUACGGUCCUGAGGAGGAAAAAUGAAAUCCUUUGAAAAGACCACCAGUGUGCAAACCCCUGUUAACUCAAGAGGAUAAUUUGGGAAAAUCCUCAAGCUGAAGCUAGUUGCUGCUUUGGGGAUCUGGAAAACUCCACAAAAGUCCAUCAACCCGUCCAUGUUGCAGGAUGAGAGCAGAGGAGCUGAUGCCUUGUGUACUUAUCACUCUACUGGGGCUGACCCUGAUGGAGUCAGCUCACGGACAGCACAUCUCAGACGAACCCUGCUCUGUCCAGAUCCUCGUCCCAGGACUCAAAGGAGAGCCAGGAGAAAAGGGAGAGAAAGGGACACCUGGGAGACCAGGAAGAGUGGGUCCACUAGGGGAGAUAGGACAUACUGGAGUUAAAGGACAGAAGGGUAUUAUGGGACAUUAUGGGAAAAUGGGCCCCUGUGGAGUCAAAGGUUUAAAAGGAGAUAUGGGGGAUCCUGGGCCAAUGGGCCCGAAUGGUGAUCCAGGUGUUCCAUGUGAAUGCACACCCCUGAGGAAGAUGAUUGGUGAGAUGGACAUCCUAGUGGCCCAGUUAUCCAAUGAGAUGAAGUUCAUCAAAACUGCACUGCCCUCCCCUGCAGCUGUCGCCGGCAUCAAAGAGACCGACAGUAGGGUCUAUCUGCUAGUCAAGGAGGAGAAGCGUUACACAGAUGCUGAGGUCUAUUGUCAGGGAAGGGGUGGACACCUGGCCAUGCCCAAGGACGAGGGGGCCAACGCGGCCAUCGCUGGGUACAUCACUGAGGCGGGCCUGAGCCGGGUGUACAUUGGCAUCAACGACAUAGACCGCGAGGGCCAUUUCACCUACGUGGAUCGCUCCCCCAUGAGCACCUUCAGCAAGUGGAGGGAAGGGGAACCCAACAAUGCCUACAGGGAUGAGGACUGUGCUGAGAUGGUGGCGGCGGGGGACUGGACAGAUGUGGCCUGCCAUCCCACCAUGUACUUUGUGUGUGAGUUUGACAAGGACAGUGUCUGAGGGGCAUUUUGUUGAGAGUGGUAGUGAGUUGGAAGGGAGGGCAAAGGACUUCAUUGGAGCUGCAUGACAGAGAGAGGCUUCAAUUAUAGAGAAGCCUUUUAUAGAGUUAUACAGAUGUUGUUCAGUGUGUAGAAUUAUUUUGACACAGCUGCAUUUGUUUAAUCACCCACCAGUGCUAAAUAUCAUUGUACAUUAUAGAAUACUGUGUAUAGAAUACUGUGUAUUGACGUACAUUUUUCCAGGAUUCUUCUUUUUUGACUUGAAAGUUUGAUUUGAAUGGAUGCUGUUUUUAUAAACCUUUGCAUUGAAUGGCUAUAUCAACUUUCCCUUUGAUCUCUUAAUCUGAUUGUUUUCAACAACAACAAGAAAUAUAUAACUCAUUCUUUUUUGGGGUCUGUUUCUUGUCAUGUUUAUGUGAGUUAUGUUAGAUGUUAGGUCAGAUACUGUAUCUUGAAGUAUACUAAUUAUAUGUAUUACUUUAGUUUAUUAGCCAUUACUUUACUAUCUUUUGUUAAAGUAAUUAGUUAAAAACAUUUGAAGUUAUUUAUUUAGUCUUUUUUUUAUUUCUUUUUUAAAAAUGUAUUCACAGUACUGAAUAUUGGACGUGAAAAAUACUAUAUUGCUUUAAUAUGGACCAUGCAAACUCAACAAAGUAGUGAGUUACUGUAGAUGCUAAAUGUAUUUACUAUUACCUAAUACAUGUUGGAAAAUACACAACCAUGUCUUGUAGUAUGUUCAUAUUGUUGGUCCGUUAUCUUUUUAUGAAAGUAGUUUAUUGGAAUGCACACUUACAGGAAGUACAGACAAGCUAGCUAGGUAGGUUGGCAUAGAGUAGUUGGGGAUGGGCUUGAAAGUGCAUGUGAGGUCUUCAUUUACAUUUACGUCAUUUAGCAGACGCUCUUAUCCAGAGCGACUUACAAAUUGGAGGUCUGUCAGAUGUCUUGACUUCUGCCGUGUGCCUUGACUUCAAUGAUGGUGCAGAGGUUAUGUAGCUGAAAUUAGUCAGAUAAUUAAUGGUUUCUGGUAAAUUAUGGGAUAUUCAUCAGCAAAAACAGAAACAAAUAAAAUGUCUGUUUUACCAAUAGGCUUUCAAGGACUGAAUGAAGUAUCUCUAUUAUAAAAUAUGGAACAGUGUCCUCAGGGAUGCAGAUGGUGAAAUAUUUGGUUUGGUAUUGCUCAUUUGCCUGUAAUGUACAAAAUAAACACUGAUACUA